GCAGAGCCGGGCGGUGGCUGGUCGCUCGGGGACUGCGGUUGUCGGUGGAGUUUGACCGCUUGGAGAGCUUCGCUGGGGAAGGGGGCGGCGCAGGGUCAACGGUGGGCCGGGGACCAGGCCGAGGACGGAGUCCGGGCCGGGGACGGACUGCCCGCGCCACCUGUCCGAGUGCCACCUGGUGAGCGCGGCGGCGAGGCCAAGCCCCUCCCCGCCGCCCGCUCCCCGCCCCUCCCCGCCCGCGCGGCCCCGCUGCCCACCCCUGGUCCUGCUGCCGACCCGCGCUCCUCCGCGUCUCCUCCUCUCCUAGGUCUGUCUCCUCCUAGAAGCCAGGCUGACUGUGAGCGGCCGGCGGCUCCAGGGGCCCUCGCGGCAGACCGGGGAGCGCCGGCACCAUGCCGCGCUCGUUCCUAGUCAAGAGCAAGAAGGCGCACAGUUACCACCAGCCGCGCUCGCCGGGACCCGACUACUCGCCUCGCCUGGAGAAUGUGCCGGCGCCGGGCCGAGCAGACUGCUCCUCCAGUGCAGGCUGGGCGAAGGCGGAGCCCCGGGAUCGUGUGUCCCCCGAGUCUCAGCUGAUGGAGGCCCCCGACAGAGCCUCGGCAUCUCCAGGCAGCUGUGCGGGAAGCGUCGGCGACCAGAGCUCGGAGUUUGAGGACUUUUGGAGACCCCCUUCGCCCUCCGUGUCUCCAGCCUCGGAGAAAUCUGUGUGCCCGUCGCUGGACGAAGCGCAGCCCUUCCCGCUGCCCUUCAAGCCGUAUUCGUGGAGCGGCCUGGCGGGCUCCGACCUGCGGCACCUGGUGCAGGGCUACCGGCCGUGCGGGGCCCUGGAGCGUGGUGCGGGCCUGGGCUUGUUCUGCGAGCGCGCGCCGGAGCCCGGCCACCCCGCGGCGCUGUACGGCCCCGAGCGGGCGGGGGGCGGUGCGGGGGCCGGGGCGCCGGGGGCCGGUGGCGCUGCGGGCGGCGCGGGCCUGGGGCUCUACAGCGACUUCGGACCCGCGGCUGCCGGGUUGUACGAGAGGCCGGCGGCGGGCGGCCUGUACCCGGAGCGCGGCCACGCGCUGCACACAGAAAAGGGCGCGGGCGUCAAGGUGGAGUCGGAGUUGCUGUGCACCCGCCUUCUGCUGGGCGGCGGCUCCUACAAGUGCAUCAAGUGCAGCAAGGUGUUCUCCACGCCGCACGGGCUCGAGGUGCACGUGCGCAGGUCCCACAGCGGCACCAGACCCUUUGCGUGCGAGAUGUGCGGCAAAACCUUCGGGCACGCGGUGAGCCUGGAGCAGCACAAAGCCGUGCACUCGCAGGAACGGAGCUUUGACUGUAAGAUCUGUGGUAAGAGCUUUAAGAGGUCAUCUACACUGUCCACUCACCUGCUUAUCCACUCAGACACUCGGCCCUAUCCCUGUCAGUACUGUGGCAAGAGGUUCCACCAGAAGUCAGACAUGAAGAAACACACCUUCAUCCAUACAGGUGAGAAGCCCCACAAGUGCCAGGUGUGUGGCAAGGCCUUCAGCCAGAGCUCCAACCUCAUCACCCACAGCCGAAAACACACAGGCUUCAAGCCCUUUGGCUGUGAUCUGUGUGGGAAGGGUUUCCAGAGGAAGGUGGACCUCAGACGGCACCGGGAAACACAACAUGGGCUCAAAUGAAUGUCCUGACCACCACAAUACAAAACACUACAGAGGGCAAACUUCCACUUGCACCACCUGCUUCUAAGUUCUCAGGUCUCCCAGCCCUGGUUGCAAACUCCACCAGGGUGACCCUCUUUAUUUCCUGAAGCUGCCAGAGGGGUAAAUUAACUUUUCGAAGUUGGGCUUAAAGUAACGAAUCAAAGGACUCACAGGACUUUGGACAUGCUCAGUAGGUUCCUGUGCAUCUGAAGACUCAACAUCAAGAGGGGAUUGGAUAAAAAUCUUCAGUCCUUCCUAUCCUUAGCCCUGCUGUGUCCACAGGAAGUCCUUCAAGCUUCUUCUCUCUUUUUCCUGACCUACUGCAGAUACUUGUGUGGAAGAGAAGGAAUCACCAAUUACAAAGUAGACAUAUGCUAAUUUUAAAAAUCUGGAAUGAAGAACAAGUGUUAUUUUAACUUCUUUUCUUUCUUUCUGGGGAGUCUGCUGACCCCUUUCUUUUGGGUGCUGCCUAUAAAUCUUGGAGAAGGUGUUUCUCCCACUUGAAGACUACUCAGAGAAUGAUUUGGGGAAGACAUUUUAUACUUUUGAAGUGACAAGAUACAUUGUUGAGUCUGCUCUAAGAAGAAGCUGAAGAAAAAUGGAUUGUGGGGAGGGGUUGGAAAGCAGUGCAAGGUUAAGAGCAAGGACCAGGUUAAGCACUAGGACCCACCCAAGGAUCCCAGUUCAAGCCCCUGCUCCCCACCUGCAGUAGGAAAGCUUUAUGAGCAGUGAAGCAGGUCUGCAAGUGUCACUCUGUCUCUCUCCCUCUCUGUCUCCCCUCCUCUCUCAGUUUCUCUCUGUCCUGUCCAGUUAAAUGAAAAAAAAAAAAAUGACUGCCAGGAGCAGUGGAUUCAUAGAGCGGGGACUGAACCUCAGCGAUAACCCUGGAGGCAAAAGAAAGAAAGGAAUAAAGAAGGAAAGAAAGAAAGGAAGGAAGGGAGAAAAAAUAAAGAAAAAAUGGAUUUGGGAGAUUGAUGGGAGUUAGUAAUCCUCAGUCCUCCUUUGUGGGAGGUCCAUGAAGGCUUCAUCAGAGGAGGAAGAAGUGCAGAACAGAACAAUGCCUUUGGACAAGAUGUCACCCACUCAAACUGUUUAAUGACCACUGAUUACCAUAGUACCAGGCCCUGUGCUAGGUACUAGGGAGUCCAUGCCUUGCCCUGUCCUUCAAAAACUAUCAGUUGUACCACCUUCAGGUGGUUGGGCCUAGUAUUUCCUUUUGAAGGAAUUCGAAGACGAAGCAAAAUCUGAACUUUCUGACCCAUUUGGAAUUUGUCAAGCAUAAGUAAAAGACUAGCUGAACAAACUCUUCAAAGAUUCAUGUGUAUAUUUUGGGUUUUUUUUUUUUUAUUGUUAAACUGAUAUUAAAAGGUCUAAGCUAGCAGGCAUGUGAGAGUGAAGACUGUCUUCAACAAUUUGUUUCUCCAUGGUACCACAGAGGAAAAAGUGGUAUUUUUACUGUGCUGAGGUUUGUAAAUGUUUUUCAAUUUUCUGCAGUGCUUUAUGUUUGUUAUAUUUAUUAGACUGAUGUUUUAAAUUAAUAAAGUAUCAAGACUCUUAAAUAUUGCAUUUAUUUAGAUAGAGGAUUUAGGAAAGACCUUUGUUUUAGUCUGUGAGGGGAGUUGGCACCAAAGAAACUACAGUGGGGUAUAAAAGUAAAAACCAAUAUCCAGAAAAAAAUUCAGUUGCUCUAGUUUUCAUAUAAUUUAUUUUUCUUUCACACUGCAGACAUUCUUCUUUCUUAACAGAAAAAUCUAGGUGUGCAAUAUUAAAACACUACCAUGUAGAGUUUCUGAUAAACCCAUAUGUAUAUAGAUUCUCUUUCUUGGAAUUUUGAGGUUUUUUUUUUUUUUUUUUUCUUCCCCAAAUAGGUCAAAAGGUUCUUGAUUAGUUAAGAAAUCACAAACUUCAAGGUAAAAGACUGAAUCUUAGUCAGGGCUCUGUCACUUACAUAUUAUGUGACAUAAGCAAAUCCAAGUCCUCUGAAAUUCUUCCUUCCUUCUUCCCUUCCUCCCUCCCUUCUUUCCUUCCUUCUUUCCUUCCUCCCUCCCUCCCAUCCUUCCUUCCUUCCUUCCUUCCUUCCUUCCUUCCU